GAUUUAUCUUGCGUGCUGCAGCACAGCUCAGCGCAACAAAGUGUGAAGCCGUCUUUUUUUCAAGCUGGCUCGUCAACUGCGGAGCUUCCCAGUGAUGCAACUUGCAAGAAGAAGUUCACUGACAACAAGGUUUGCAAGACCACGAGCGGUGUAGAUUGCACCCACACCAAGUUCGAUGAUGGAGACGACCGGGGUAAGUGCUGGUUCUCGGAAACAAAUGGCAGGAACCCCUGCAAGCCUUACCCAGUUGCAGGAACAUGGACCACGGCCAAGGUUGACUUUGACCCAGAUGAAGCCGGCUUUUGCUUCACCGUUCCUGAAGGCAUUUGCCCGGUGCAGAUUUGCGUCAAGAGCGGGAGCCCGAACAGCGGGGCCGGUCGUUUCUGCUAUUCUGGCAAGCAGACCUGUGGCACAAACGGUGGUCCUUCCAAUGGCAAGGUGGACCAAACGGUUUGCACCAAGUGGACAGCUCCGGACAAGUUUUGCGUUGUAAGCUUGGCCACCAACAGCAACAACCCGAACAACAUCCGAGACCUGAGCAACUUUGCUAUUCAGUUCGGCUGCUGCGACGGGAGUGGAGGUGUGGUGGGAGAUCCCCACAUUCACACUUUGGACGGAAAUGAGUUCGACCUAUAUGACAAAGGAACGUAUUCCGUCUUCCACUACGGCGGUGCCGGUGACGUUGAUUGGCAGCUCUAUGCCACUUAUGGAGGCCCGCUGUGGACAGUCCAAGGGCUGCUCUUGGUGGAUCGCUCAUUGGGCCGCUUCCGCCAGGCUAUGGAGCUUACGUCAGAGGACUGCCAGUGGCGCAGCAAGACAGGGCAGGAGUCGUGGUCCGUCCUCGAGCAGAAUGCAUCACUAUCUUUAUUGGAGGGGGGCGAGUACGUCACUGGCUUUGACUACGUCAACGAAAAGCACAUCAACCUUCGCUUGAACACCCCUCACGGCAAGAAGGACGUUCUCACCCUCAACACGGUGUGCAUGAGUGGCGCUAUCAACUUGCGGGUGUCCCCGCAGAAAGCCUUCGAGCCUAAGUUCUUGACCGGCCAAAUUCAAGCCGGCAAUGCCAAGAGCCAG